AUGCACGAGCAGCGCAUCAAGGCCUACCGCUGGGUCGCCUACUCGACGGUCGUCUUCUCGCUGGUCGCGGUCUUCUCGGCCUGCGUCACACUGCCGAUCGCCCACAUGCACGUCCGCCACAUGGAGAGAACCAUGCGCAGGGAGCUCGGUUUCUGCACGAAAACUGCUCGUAGCGCCGGUUACGAGGAUGCCGCGAUAGUCCAAGUAGCUCCCAGUGUGCAAAUCGCUGAAUCAACUGAUCCGGUUAGCGAUCGUUGCGCACUCUGCUGCCUCCCGGGAGCAGCUGGACCGGCUGGUAUGCCAGGUAGCCCCGGUCGCCCGGGAAAGCCAGGAGCACCUGGCAACCCUGGAACUCUACGACACUUACCUCAAGAGCCCUGCGAACCCAUCACUCCUCCACCAUGUAGGCCAUGCCCAGAAGGGCCGCCUGGACUAGCAGGGCCACCAGGACCCGACGGCGAAGCAGGAGCGAAUGGCAAGCCUGGUGUACCUGGGAAGGAUGGAGCUCCUGGACAAGCUGGACCCAAAGGACCGCCUGGACCUAAUGGAAAUCCCGGAGCCCCGGGUGGUAAAGGAGAGCCUGGAGCCAAUGCUGCCUCGGGGCCUCCCAUGCCUGGAGACCCAGGACCAGCAGGUCCACCUGGACCCAAAGGUGAAAAAGGACCCGAAGGGCAGCCUGGCCCUAAAGGGAAACCAGGACCUCCUGGAGAGCGCGGACCUGCUGGACCUGCCGGAGAGCCCGGUGUCUGUCCAAAGUAUUGUGCCAUAGAUGGAGGAAUUUUCUUCGAUGACGGAACUCGUCGCGUAGUGGAUGUCGCCGUUAAACGAGGAAGAGCAUAA